ACAUAGACACCACACUGUGUUCAUCGACGGAAAAACAACUCACGGAACAUCCAAGCAAGUGAGACGAAAAUCGCUAAAAAUGUGCCAUUAACACAUAAAAACCUACCCAAAAUUACCCUCAAAUGUUUCGCUAGUGUGUAAAGUUGUGUUUUACACCGUUCUCCCAAAGUGCCUUAGCCGUAAAGUGUGUGAAAAGCCGUUUCAAGAAACCCCAACAGCAGCUUGCAAGGAACGUCGUGUGGGAGUUUCGGAAUCCACACCCGUGAAAAGUUAAGCAUCUGUUACGGACAGCGAAAUACAACCGUGCGAAAAUGGAAGAUAUUUUCCAUUGGUGUCGGGAAGGAAACUCGAUCCAGGUUCGCCUGUGGCUGGACGACACGGAACAUGAUAUGAAUUUGGGUGAUGAUCAUGGGUUUAGCCCACUGCACUGGUGUGCCAAGGAAGGACACACCAAGCUGGUGGAGAUGUUGCUGCACCGCGGUGCACGAGUCAAUGCAACGAACAUGGGUGAUGAUAUACCUCUUCACCUAGCUGCUGCCCACGGCCAUUACGAUAUUGUGCAAAUGCUUAUACGCCAUCGAUCGGAUGUGAAUGCGGCGAACGAACAUGGAAACACCCCGCUCCAUUAUGCUUGCUUCUGGGGCUAUCAGGCCAUCGCGGAGGAGCUGGUUAACAACGGUGCCUUAAUUUCUUUAGCCAACAAGGAUGGUGAUACACCGGUGGAUAAGGCGAAAGCGUUACUAUCUACACGUUUAAACAAUCUAGCAAUCGAAAGUGGCCAAGAGUUGAAAAAGAUAAGCUUCAAGGAUCAGGGCUGGUCGGGCAUGAAAACGCGCUCCCGCGAUGCUACACUGUCCCGCUUCAAGGGCAUCAACAUUCAGGAGCUAACGCUGCACAACAAGGUAGCGAUCACGCCCGGCGGUGAAACAUGGCGUGGCCGCUGGCAGAACAACGAAAUCAUUGCCAAGAUACUGGCGAUCCGCGAAUGCACCGCGCGGGUGGCACGCGAUUUCAACGAAGAGUUUCCGAAGCUACGAAUUUUCUCCCAUCCGAACAUUUUGCCCGUGCUGGGUGCGUGUAAUGCACCGUCGAAUUUGAUCGUUAUCAGUCAAUACAUGCCACGCGGUUCGCUGUACGAUUUGCUGCACGGAACGGCCGGAAUUGUGGUCGAUACGGCACAGGCCGUACGGUUUGCGCUUGACAUUGCACGUGGUAUGGCGUACCUGCACUCGCUCGAACGUAUCAUCCCGGAGUAUCACCUCAACAGCUUCCACGUGAUGAUCGAUGACGACCUGACCGCCCGCAUCAACAUGGCCGACGCAAAGUUUUCGUUCCAGGAGCGCGGUCGCGUCUAUCAGCCCGCCUGGAUGAGUCCGGAAAUGUUGCAGAAAAAGCGCACCGAACGCAAUUGGGAGGCGUGCGAUAUGUGGAGCUUUGCGAUUUGCAUUUGGGAGCUGGCCACGCGAGAAAUCCCGUUCGCCGAUCUAACACCGAUGGAGGCGGGUAUGCGAAUCGCUACCGAGGGUCUACGGGUAACGAUCCCGCCCGGCACGUCGCCCCAUCUGGCGAAGCUGAUAAAAAUCUGUAUGAACGAAGAUCCGGGCAAGCGUCCCACGUUCGACAUGAUCAUACCGAUUCUCGACAAAAUGAAGCGUUAAACCGUGCCCGUUUCACCGUAAAGUGCCUUUUUAUUGUGGAAGUGGCGUACAGCGUAACCUGAAGAUUUAUUUAUUUUCUACCCAUACUGCUGAUCCAGCAGUUUUCUUCUCCGUAUGGCCAACAUGCGUUCGCAUCGAAUUUUUAACUUUUCCGUCGGUGUUAUCGUCCCGGUUUCUAUAUGUUAUUAAUUUCUAAACACACGCGGUGCCUUAACUGUAACAAAUGACGAGUAGUGUAAAAGUAUUAAAAAGCCCCCCGCAACGAUCGAUUGAUCAUUCUUAACGUUGUCCCGUGACAAAAACCGAUAGCACAAAACGGGUUUGCCCAAACCGAAACUUCAAAUUCAUGAUGGUGUUCUUGAUUGUUUUUUUUAAUGGUUUAAAAUGUAUGUUGUUCGUAUAACCGUGUUUGUCGACGCGAAAUAACUCUCCAACUAAAACAAAAAAACACUCUUAACUGUGCGUUCGUAGUUAUUUAGAAUUAAUCGAUAUAUAUUUUUAUAUACUUCACAAGUAAUAAAACAAAUCUUAACCAAA